AUCAGGGGUCAAUCCAAAUUAGCAACACCUGAGGCCAUCUGCCUCUGGAAUGCGUAUCUGUGGCUGUGCAUCUUCUCAGUUCUUAAGUCGCGAAAUCAAAAUUAAUAACUCUUCUGACAGCAGCUCAUAAUUUUGUUUCCCUGAUCUGAGUUGAGAAGAUCCGGAAGGAAGGAAGGGGGGAGAAACUAGGCAUUGCGCCUCUCACCUGGGAGCUUGGGCACGGGUUAGUGCCCAUUGCAGACGACGACGGUGCCGAACGCAUCCACGGCCACCUCGCCGUCCUCCCCGUCGCCCCAAGACACUUUCCACCUCUCCUCCUCCUCCACUUCUUCUUCCCCGCCGUGACUGCGGCCGGCGAUGAGGGGCACACACAACACCUCGAUGCAGAGUCUAACACGCGGUGCGGCCUCCUCCUAGCAGGCGGACCCAUACGGCGACUUCCGGACAACAUGGAUAUGGGGGAGAUGGUGUCCGCGCUGCUGUCCUCUUGCUGCUGCUCCGAGAGGGCGUUGACCAGAUUAGGAGCACGACGCCGCUCUCGUGGUGAUGGAUCCCACGUCCUUGGAGCUUGGAGGCCGAAGAGGAGACGGUGCCGGUGGCGUUGGAGCCUCGAUCCGGUGGAAGCGGUGGCCCUAGUGCUCGAAUCCGAGGGGUACAGAACUUAAGCAGGCCCAAAAUAGGAGAAUGGUGCCCGGGGAAAGAGAACGGGGCAGGGGAGCGAGAGAGCAAAUCUGAGGAGGAAGAGAUGGGGUACGAGCAACGGAGGAAAAGAGGAUAUCGGGAAUGAAGAGAUGAGAUCGGGGAGCCACGAAUUGGCGCCGCCGUGUAAGACAUGCCCCACGUAGAUUGAUCGUUCAAUCUAUUUUGACCGGAGCAGCACGAUGCCCAGAGGAAUACCUCCGAUCCAAUCAACGGCACACAAGCUGAAAAAAAAAACGACUUGUAAUUUGCGAAACGUUCCAGGGACCAAAUCGAGCUUUCGUGGGUUCGGUCAGUACAUACUUCUCGGGAGGGUUGACGCCGCCGCCGCCUUGCAAGACCCACCGCUUCAGCUUCACCAUGGACCGCGAGGCGCUGCGCAUGGUGUGCUCGCCCGAGUUCUGGCGCAUGGGCGUCCUCUGGACCCUCUCCCUCCUCUACUCCUACCUCCUCCUCUUCCUCCGUGGCCGGACCGACACCCCUCGCCGCCGUCGACCGAGACCCCACGCUGGCGGCGGCCGUCCCAUCUGUGUCGUCACCGGGGCGACGUCGGGGCUGGGCAAGGCGGCCGCGGCGGCUCUGGCACGGGAGGGCUACCACGUCGUGCUCGCUGGUCGCUCUACACAGUUGCUAUCUGAGACUGCUCGAGAAAUUCGGAGGCAACAACCAUAUGCCUGCCUUGAAGAGUUUCAAAUCGACUUAUCAUCCUACAAGUCAAUAAAGAAGUUUGAAACUGCGCUGAAACAGUGGCUUUGGGAUUCAGAUUUGAAGCCUUCCAUUCAACUUUUGAUAAAUAAUGCUGGGAUGCUGGCAAAAUCGCAGCGAGUUACCGAAGAUGGGCAUGAUGAAACAAUGCAGACAAACUACAUUGGUCCAUUUAUCCUUACGAACAUUCUUUUACCGCUGCUGAAGAACAGUCCAAUACCUUCCCGAGUAGUUAAUCUAACAUCAUUCACACACAGAUGUGUGUCAGAAAUUGACGUGUCAGAGGAAGAGUUGCGAGGAGUGAAGUUUGGUCAAUGUUUAGUGAGGGGAACUUACCCCUUAGCUUCAAUUUAUGAGUAUACCAAGUUUUGUUUACUGAUGUUCUCAUAUGAACUUCAUCGACAACUUCACAUCUCUUCUGGUCUCUCUGUCAUGGCUGCUGACCCGGGUGUGGUAGAAACACGCAUCAUGCGGGAGCUCCCUCCAUGCCUUUCCCGGUUCGCGCUCUUCGUUCUGCGCUUCAUGAAUCUCCUACAGCAGCCGGAUACUGGGGUUGAUGCUAUCCUUGACGCUGCGUUGGCGCUGCCUGAAGCAUCUGGGAAGUAUUUCUUUGGUGGGAAAGGAAAGACCGUCAGGUCUUCUGUGCUGUCCUAUGACGUGGAGGUGGCCAAGAAGCUGUGGGCAGAAUCUUCGGCGUUGCUCCGGGACUAUGAACUGAAAACUAAUUAAACUAACUUGUAAAUCUGAUAUCAUUAAAAGUAGAUGAAUUCCAAUUGAAAGUUAACCCAAGUAUGAUCCCUUUAGGUAUACCAAUGCCACAAGAUGAGUAAAUUUCAUAAAACCACUACUCUAGGAGAGUUCGCAUCAGUUUGCCACUGUUUUAGAGGUAAUUAUUUUCACUUUGCCAAAUCAAGCCGAUUAGCCCAUUUAACAGUAAAACUGACAUAUUGGGGCCACAUGGAAGAUCCAUGUUUUUUUUCCAAA